AUGGCUUCUCACCAGUUCUACAAGACACCUGAGUUCGAGACACUUCAGCUGCACGCUGGCCAGGAGCCUGACUCGGCAACUCAUGCACGGGCUCCUCCCAUCUAUGCCACGUCCAGUUUCGUUUUCAACGACUCACAGCACGGAGCAGAUCUGUUCGGACUAAGGACAUUCGGAAAUAUCUAUUCCCGUAUCGGGAACCCGACCAACGAAGUCUUCGAGAAGCGCAUGGCAGCUCUAGAGGGCGGUGCGGCCGCUGUUGCGGCAUCUAGCGGACAAGCUGCUCAGUUCAUGGCGAUCACGACCAUCGCUGGUGCCGGGGACAACAUUGUAUCCACUUCUUACCUUUACGGCGGAACCUAUAACCAGUUCAAGGUUUAUUUGAAGAAGUUCAACAUCGGUGUCAAGUUCGUCACCAGCUCGGAGCCAGAAGCCUUCGCGGCUGCGAUCGACGAGAACACAAAGGCGAUCUAUGUCGAGAGCAUUGGUAACCCGAAGUAUAACGUUGCCCCGCUGCCUGAACUGGCGGAGAUCGCACAUGCUCACAAUAUCCCUCUGAUCGUCGAUAAUACAUUCGGCAUGGGAGGUUACCUAAUCCGACCAAUCGAACACGGUGCAGACAUUGUCGUGCACAGCGCGACGAAGUGGAUUGGUGGGCAUGGCACUACCAUUGCUGGCGUCGUCAUUGACUCCGGGAAAUUCGACUGGGUCCGCUCUGGCAAAUUCCCGACUUUUACGGAGCCCUCAGAGGGCUAUCAUGGGCUGAAAUACAGCGAGACGUUCGGUCCUGUCGCGUUCGCCGUCAAGUGCCGCGUUGAAGUCCUGCGUGACCUGGGAGCCUCUUUGAACCCAUUCGCAGCAUUCUUGCUGUUGCAAGGGUUGGAGACGCUCAGUCUGAGGGCGGAGAGGCACUGCGCAAAUGCUAUGAUCCUCGCCGAGUGGCUUGAGAAACACCCAAAAGUCGCUUGGGUGCAAUACCUCGGUCUGGAGUCUCACUCUUCGCACAAGAUUGCGAAGCGGCUCUGCAGACCGCUCCUCUAUGGAGGCGUGCUCAACUUCGGCGUGAAGGGUGGCGCCAAAGUCGGCAGCCAGGUCGUUGAUGCUAUGCGCCUCGCGAGCAACCUCGCCAACGUCGGCGAUGCGAAGACGCUGAUUAUCCAUCCUGCUUCGACUACUCAUCAGCAGCUCACUGAGGAGGAGCAGUUGGAAUCCGGUGUUACUCCUGAUUUGAUCCGGGUCUCCGUUGGUAUCGAGAACAUUGCAGAUAUUCUCGCGAAUUUCGACGAAGCACUCAAGGUCGUGUCUUGA